AUGACCCCCUCCCGCCUCUCAGACACCAGCACACCGGGGAGUCGGCUCCCAAGCAGAGCCGCCUGGACAGCUUCCUUCCUGCCCCGGGGCCCGGCGGUGGGCGAGAGGCUGAGGGGUGCUCAGAGACGCCCAGCCCUGGCGAAGGGGCCCCCUGGGCUGCCGCCUGCCGGACCGCCCCACGAGGCUCCACUGCUGAACGCCAGCUCCCCGAGCAGGGUGCCCCGACUCUUGGAUGACGGGGGCUCCGCCGUGGCCCCUCCUCUGGCCCCCAGGCCUGGCGCCUCCCUGCUGCCAGCCACUGCUUGUUUUUAG